ACUACGCCCUUCCGAGCUGGCCUGUAUUGGCCGCUCCAGUGGGAGAAAAUGAAAUGUAGGGAAGCGCCGCAGCCGCGUUGCCUCCCGCACCCUCUCGUGUGCGGGGACAGGCAAGGACACACGGGUUGUAUCGGCGUUUUCUCUUCGUGAAAGCGUGGCUUGAGCGCUCUUGCUCAUCUUAUGCCACGUUCCUUCUUAAUUUUAGUGGUGUCAACUGCUGCUGACGUUCCACGACUCUCCUCUAUCGAGAGUCUCGUUUUAACCUACCUGGUUAAGCAGAGAAAGAAAAUCUGGGGUCCAGAGUCGUCUGGAGCCGAAGCAUCACAAUGCGGACGCUUUACUUCCUCUCCUGAUCUGGUGUUCUUCUUUGAAGGAAUUGUGGUGCUCGGAUUAAACAGAUCACGUGCCAAGAACGCACUUAAUAAAAAUAUUUUAAAAAUGAUGUCAAAAGCUGUGGAUGCUUUGAAAUCUGAUAAGAAUGUACGAACUGUUAUAUUCCGGAGUGAAGUCCCAGGGAUAUUCUGUGCUGGUGCUGACCUUAAAGAAAGAGCAAAAAUGCAUGCAAGUGAAGUUGGUUCUUUUGUCUCAAAAGCAAGAGCAACUAUUAAUGAAAUGGCUAAUCUGCCUGUACCUACUAUUGCUGCAAUAGAUGGAAUUGCUCUAGGUGGUGGACUAGAACUUGCAUUAGCCUGUGAUAUAAGAGUGGCAGCUUCUACUGCCAAAAUGGGCCUAGUUGAAACAAAGUUGGCAAUCAUUCCAGGUGCAGGAGGGACACAGAGAUUACCUCGCACAAUUGGAGUUUCUUUGGCAAAAGAACUUAUCUUCUCUGCACGUGUUGUAGAUGGUGACGAAGCAAAAUCAAUAGGAUUGAUUAGCCAUGUGGUAGAACAAAAUGAAGCAGGGGAUGCUGCAUACAGAAGAGCACUAGCUCUGGCAAGAGAAUUUUUACCUCAGGGACCAGUAGCAAUGAGAGUUGCAAAACUGGCUAUCAAUCAGGGAAUGGAGGUCGACUUAGUAACAGGCUUAGCAAUUGAAGAAGCUUGUUAUGCACAGACUAUUCCAACAAAAGAUAGAAUUGAAGGUCUUCUUGCUUUUAAGGAGAAGAGACCUCCUUGCUACAAGGGAGAAUGAAAGAAGCUGAUGCCUUUAAAAUACAGUGGGAUAAAAGUACUGCUAUAAAGACCAUUAGGUGCACUUUGCAUCCACACCUGGAAUAUCACAACCACCAAAGUAAAAGCUAAUCAUACUGCUGUUACAACAUUUUGAAUUUGUCCAUACUUGUUCUGGGCCCAUAUAGAAAUGUGUGUCAACUAUUACUUACAAUAGUUUCUGAAGGUUGAUCUCUGUAUUGGCAAGGUCACAGGUUCAAGCAGUGUUUUUUAAAUUUCAUAUGUGUGAAACAUAGCAUUCCACAUUGAAGAAGCUCUGUAAAUUCCUUAUGUAGCGAAGACCUAUAUGUGAUGUUAAAUAUAAACCUGUUGUUUAAUUUUAUCAAAAAGAAGUGACUACUGAACACCAAAACUAAGAAAUUGUACCAAAUAUCCAUUAAAAUUAUUCUGUAUAUCAGUAAAAAUUAUGUUUGAGUAUUCUACCUGAAUAUAUACAUUACUAAUAAAGCUAAGGGAAAUGUGAAGGAUUGUUGUUUGGAAAAUGUUAAGCUUUAUUUAUCUGACUUACACUAUUCUGAAUAAUAUAAAAUUAACCUUGGUACACAAUGGCAUCCUUGUGAUGAUGUCAUUACCAUUAUAUUAAUUAAAUUGUAUUAAAUAAAGACACUUUUGAGGCCAGCCUUUAAUUAUGCAUUCUUGUAUGUUAAACCUGGCUUUGACUUGCAUUCUUUCAACAUAUCAUUCGAUCAGCGCUGCUGCUGUGAAGGAACUUCGCUUCUCUUGCCUGAUUUUUUUUUUAAUUUUUGAUGAUUGUAUUAAAGAUUGUUAUGCAGGGAUGCAACUCAUUCACUGUUAAAGAAACUAGAAUUCUCUUAAUGUCCAGAAUAUUACUUUUGCAGGUCAUAAUAAUGUAUAUUUAUAUACAAUGGGGAUCAUAUUGAACUGUUCUUUAUUCUGUGGCGGCCUCAGGGUUCUUUUCGUACAUUGAAAGAGAAAUCUAGUAGGUUACAAAGUGAGAAAGCAGUUGUGAUUCGUACUAUAUAUUUGCUAUGGACGUGGCAUAUACAGCAAAUGCCUGGAAAUAACCUCUUAGAAUGUAUUUUUGUUAACUUGACUGGAAAAUAAACAUGGCUUAACAAUCAGAAACUGUCUUUUUAUAUGAAAACAAAUUUCUUCGUGUUUGGUUACUGUUUGCUCACAGAACUUGUGCAUGCUCUGCCUUUUCUGCAACAUUAACUGUGAUCACUGUCCAUAUCGAUGAUGAUAAAGCAACAGAUCACCAUGAAGUGACAACAACUCAUUUAAAUUCAUAUUUAGACAUAUUGUUACAUGUAAAUUGAUUGUAACUGGUAGAGCACAGACUUUGUUGAGUGGUAAACUUGCUG